UUUACCCUUCCUUCUAAAUCAAAACCUGCAGUUACCGGUUCUCCAGCCUCUGGCGUAGUUCGUUGGCACCCCUCCCCUGCAGCGAAGGUUCGCGUCUACCACAGAUAAUGAUAUUUUUUUUUUACCGAUCUCCGCAUCCACGGAAAACCAAACAAACGUCACAGAGACACUACAUGUAUGUGAUCCACCGACGAAAGUGCAGCCUGCACUGCAUAGUGCACACCACACUAACUAUAAACGCCACAACCCAUCCCCACUCCAAACCCUUCAGAUUCCACUUUACUCUCUUCAGUUCAGGGAUCCUCAAUUCAAUCAUCAUCACCCAAAGAAGCAAACCCUAUUCCCCAACCUCUAAAUCUCAUCUCAUACACAGUUAUACAUAUUCAGGAGAUAGCCAUGCCUAGAGUAUUGAUGCUGUUUGCUCUCUAUGUCAUUCCGGCCCUCGUGAGCACAUGUCGCCCCGUCAGGAACUCCUUUGUCGUUGUGGGCAAGGUCUGCUGUGAUACCUGCCGAUGCGGCUUCGAAACCUUUGCCACCACUUACAUGCUUGAUCUGAGGGUUACGAGUACCCUUUUCGUAGAUCUCUGCUAUGGAUACAAUAAAUCUGUGGUUAGGGUUCAAUGCAAGGACAAGGACUCACUCCAGGUGGUGUACAACGUCAACGGAGUGACAGAUGCUACAUGGGCAUACAAGAUCACAAUCCCAGAUGACCACGAGGAUGAGAUCUGCGAGACGGUGCUCAUCAGUAGCCCACAGAACGACUGCAAGGUCAAGAGCCUAGGGCGUGAUGGGUCUCGAGAGAAGAGUCUGGGCUAAGGAUCGAUGAGAAAUAACAGCAAUGGAGAAAAAAAUUGAGGCGCAAACGAGAUGCAGAAGCCAUGAAUUUCAUAUUCGAUGAUUGAAAUGCUUGUGUUUACAGAGAGAACAUUGGGUUUUGAACUCCCAAUUGAAAUCCCUCUGUUUCACGCCUGUGAAGAAACAAAGAAGGGAAACCCACUGGAAUUACAUUGACCCCUUCAAUACUAACCUUUUCCGAAGGGAAUGGUAGCGGCGAACCUUUGUCGGAGGGGAGUGAUGCGGACGAACUUAGCCGAAGGCAGUAGUUGCUGGUUUUGGUUUAGAAGAAGGAACAAUGGUAAGGUGGUCAAAUCAACUUGAGUGGAGGUGUUUUGGGCAUUUAAUAAAAUAACUAACAGUUAUUCUAUUACUUUACCGGGAUGCCUAACGAUAGAGAUAGAUUUGGCAUUUUUUAAAUUAAUAGGGGGUGUUUUUGAUGUUUCAAAAAAUCCAGGGGUGGCAUUGAAUAAAAACCAAAGUUCAGGGAUGGUAAUGCAA